AUGAAACGACCACCGAGACAACAGAAUAUCGUAUGGCUGAGUUUAUUUUUAUUAGUUUUACAAACGACGAGUCUUGUGCUUUUGUUACGUUAUUCGAGAACAAUUGAAUCAGCGGUAAAAUCUGAUCGUUAUGUAUCAUCAACAGCUAUUGUCGCAGCUGAACUAUUGAAAGGUCUUAUGUACCGAUCACUUGCUCGUGUUACAAGAACAUUAUAUAAUGAAAUCUAUUCUAAACCUUCUGAAACGUUCAAAUUAGCAAUACCUAGUGGUCUGUAUGCAGUGCAAAAUAAUCUUUUAUUUAUUGCAUUAUCUUAUUUAAAUGCGGCAACAUAUCAAGUUACUUAUCAACUGAAGAUACUCACAACAGCCUUAUGCGCUGUAUUUAUGCUUGGAAAACGAUUAGAUUCAUUAAAAUGGUUUUCAUUAUUUAUGUUAACUAUUGGAGUUGCUUUCGUGCAGUGGCCGGAUGAAACAAAGAUGUCAGCAACUCAUAUUCAAUCAAGCUGGUUGCAACAGUUUACUGGUCUCGGUGCUGUUUUAUUAUCAACGUUUACUAGUGGUUUUGCCGGUGUUUAUUUUGAAAAAAUACUCAAGACAGGUCCCACUUCUGUUUGGGUACGAAAUAUUCAGUUAGCCAUAUUCGGUACAUUAUUUGGUUUAGUUAUUGUUUACACAAUGGAUUAUAAUGUCGUAUUGGAAAAAGGUUUUUUUCAUGGAUAUACCACCAUCGUUUGGAUCGUUGUGUUUUUACAGGGUGCUGGUGGUCUAAUAAUCGCCGCUGUAAUUAAAUAUGCCGACAAUAUAGUUAAAGGUUUUGCAACAUCAUUGUCGAUAAUAUUAUCAUCUGUUGUGUCUUAUUUUCUUUUGCACGAUUUUCAACCGUCACUGUUUUUUUACCUUGGAACAACACUCGUUAUAGCCGCAACGUUUUUAUAUGGUUAUGAAAAGAAAAUUGUUGAACAAUUGAGAAUUUAA